AUGGAUUCCGUUGAGCUCGAAGAACCCUAUGACGAGGAAGGCAAUUUUAGCUAUGGCCAUAGCCAGGACGACCUCGACAACGAUUACACAGGCAGUGGGGAUGAACAAAGUGGUGAGGACCGAUAUGCCAACAGUGAAAGCAAUGAGAGCGACGAAGCUCCCGAUGACGCUUCAGCAAAUGAUACGGAAGGUGAGCUUAGUGACAGUGUGAUUAGCGAAGAUCUUUCGAUGUCAGCAAGCGAUGACGACGAGGAAGACGAAGACGAGGAAGAUGGAGAACUAGAGACAGGUAGCAUGGAAAGCGAUGUUAGUGGCUCAGACCAAGAGGACGAUGAGGAGGUGAAUGACACGGAAAGCGAUGUCAGUGGCUCAGACCAAGGGGAUGAUGAGGAGGUAAAUGACACGGAAAGCGACGAUAUCAGCUCGGAUAGCGAGGCAGUAUCGAUCGAAGAAGAGAUCAUCGACCCAGUGAGCGAAGAGAGCGGCUCGGAUAGUGAAGCAGAUGAUUUGAUUGGAGAGGGUGCUGGGGAAAACACCACAGUAGAGUCUAUGGGAUCUAGCGGCAUGUGCAACAAUGACAGCACUACACACCAUGAGCAAGAAAGCUUCUUGACGAGUACGCGGAGUAGCCCGGGAGGGUGGACGCAGUUCAAAAAAGGACAGGAUACCGCACCUGUCCACCAUCACAGCAACUACCAAGCUUAUCAACCCAACAACAACUAUCAAUCCACGAAUAACCAUCAAUCAACCAAUAAUUAUCAGCUGACAAACACCCACAACACGCACAGCGACAAUCCGAAGACCGGCAACUCCCCGACGAUCGUUCAUAGCCGAAACAAAGUUCCCAGACGUCUCCCUGAAGUACAAACUGUGCUCGAUGCGUCGAAUCUCAAUCGCAGCAAUACGCCAGCUGGCGUGCAAAAGCUCGCGCGCCCAAAUGAAGUGGCGUCCAAGAAAUCCAAAGACAACGCCCGCAGAACCAACGAUGCUCAUCUCUCGCACCGUACCAAACCUAAUCAUGGACACACCGAACUACCAAUCGAGACCAAGCAUCCUCGAUCCUCGAACAAUCUUGGGAAGUCGAAAGCCGGCAAUGAAAUCAGUAUGACUGACGAGCUCUUCCUUCCGGUCAUAUCAACUCGAUCUACCAAAAGCAAUCCAAAGCCCACAGCAACGAAACGCUCUCCUCACAUGCACGAGACGGAGGCAAUGCCUGUAGUAACUGCAAGUCACGUACCCAGCAAGAAAAAGCGGCAGCCUACGGUCCUUGAGAUGGAGGGAUCUGCAAUCCAAGUCCCCGCCAACACCAAACAGCAAUCCAACAGCAAGGCCAGCGGUACGAAGUUAUCCAAGAACGACGCACUUCGCUCUCAUAGACAAUCACCCAUAUCCACCAGCGACACGGAAGAGCCCUGUGUACCUACUGGCUUCUCUAACCCCCCUAAGGUUCUUCUCAACGGCAUCUUCGCUGGAGUGAUGAUGCAAAGGCGAAAGUCUACAGCGAGUAUAUUUGAUCACGACGCGCACGCAAUCAUCGGCUUUAGCCUCACGGAUGAGCGCGGCAAGCGGUAUAAGGAGGCUGGGAUGAAGAAGUACAAGACGGCUAAAGGUGGUUUUACACUGUGGUGGAAGCCUUACUCGCCAUUGGCGGAUUACUUUGAUAGAGGAGACGAGUUUGAGUGA